AGCAAUUCAAGCUGAGGCUAGAAAGCCAGACAGCCAGCCGCCCCUCGGGAUCUCCACCUGUCCUUCCAGAGCUGGAAGAGCCCAGCCUGCGACCAGAGCUCAGGAGCAGAGACUCGGCCCAGCCACCCCUGCCAGCAUGACCCACCAGCUGACCGAGGAGCAAAUUGCAGAGUUCAGGGAGGCCUUCUCUCUGUUUGACAAGGACGGGGACGGCUGCAUUACCACCCAGGAGCUGGGCACUGUCAUGCGGUCCCUGGGCCAGAACCCCACAGAGGCCGAGCUCCAGGGCAUGGUGAACGAGAUCGACCGGGAUGGAAACGGCACCGUGGACUUCCCGGAGUUCCUGGGCAUGAUGGCCAGGAAGAUGAAAGACACGGACAGCGAGGAGGAGAUCCGGGAGGCCUUCCGCGUGUUUGACAAGGACGGCAACGGCUAUGUCAGCGCGGCCGAGCUGAGGCACGUGAUGACCAGGCUCGGGGAGAAGCUGAGUGACGAGGAGGUGGAGGAGAUGAUCCGGGCGGCGGACUCAGACGGAGACGGGCAAGUGAACUACGAGGAGUUUGUCCGCAUGCUGGUGUCCAAGUGAGGGGCUGCUGUGUUCUGGUACCACGGGCUCCAGGGCUGCCUGCCUCUGACUGCUGCAAGAACCUCACUCAGGCCUUGGGCAUCUUCCUCCAUUCCCCAGCUUCCUCUGGGCGGUGCUGCUUCUGGGGAAAAGUGGAUUCAUUCCACCUCUCUGCAUCUCCUUUUCUGCCAACUGCUCACCUGCUCCACAGCAGGAUGCAGAACGCCCUCAAGCCAAGCAAACCACAAUACGCUGCCGCCACUCAGGAGCAGAAGCAGAAAAACCUGCCUCUGUACCAACAAAGAACUAAAGGACCAGCAAAUGUUUCCUGACCCUGCCGUCUGCCAGGAUGGGCCUGGUGACAUCUUAGAGCCACCUGGGCAGGAUUCCUAACAGGUGCCCAACAUGGGGACCAGGGGGAUUAUAGCCCUCAGUCCACGCCAGGUUUCCUGGAGCGUCUUAGACUGAAGACUUCAUCUGCUGUUGGAUUUGGGAGACGUCUUGGCAUGGGAAUUAGAGUCGCCAUGGGGACUUGUAUGACUGGGGCCCAGCCUUCUGAAGACAACGUCACUUCCCUUCCACAAAAACGGCAUUUGCUUGCUCCACUGUCUUGGCCAAACUUCUGUGAUUCAUCUUUUGAAGCUGGGAGUAAAACUGGGGUCAGUUGUAACACACUUACAAUUCAUCUGGAAAGAGGGAGAUUUGAAUGAAAGGGAGAGGGAAGCUGCAGGCAAAUAAAUAAGAUA